AUGAAUGAGAAGAAGGAAAUGAAAAUCCUCUUCAAUCAAGUUGUGGAGGGAAAGAAUAUCGCUGAAUUUUCUGCUAUAGAAAUUCAAGAUUUAUUAAAGUUGUCAUCUGUUAUAGUAGCCAAACUUCAUCAGAGAAAGGAAAAAGUCAAUAACCAGCAUCAGCCUCCUCAACCUCAAAUUCCUCCCUCAAACUUCACGAUCGUGAAUGAAAAGUUUUCCCCAUUACCAAAUAAAAUGGAUGACUUGAACAGUGACAUGUGGUUUUUUAAGACUAUGUCUACUAACCGCAAUUAUUUUGGCAUAGGGGAUGCAAACAAUACCGCAUCUGCACCAGCUGAAGGCGAUGACAUUAGUUCCAAAGAUAAUGGACAUUCCAAGGGCCUGGAUUGA